GCGGCGAGCAGCACCUGCGAGCACCUGCGAGCACCUGCGAGGAGCACGCGGCUCUCCAGGAUGAGCGCCCCGCAGCUUUUGCUCCCUGCCAGGGCGGCCGGCGCGAGCCUGGGCUGCUUGCUCCUGCUUUGCCUCUGUCUAGAGCUAGGCGCGCUGGCCAAGGAACUGAAGUUUGUGACAGUGGUGUUCCGGCAUGGCGAUCGAAGUCCCAUCGAAACCUUCCCUAAUGACCCCAUCAAGGAAACUUCAUGGCCACAAGGAUUUGGCCAACUCACUCAGCGUGGCAUGCAGCAGCAUUAUGAACUUGGAGGAUAUAUUAGGAGAAGAUACAGGAAGUUCUUGAACGAGUCCUACAGGCAUGAACAGGUUUAUGUUCGAAGCACGGAUGUUGACCGGACUCUGAUGAGUGCUAUGACAAACCUUGCAGCCCUGUUUCCCCCGGAAGGUUCCAGCGUUUGGAAUCCCCACCUACCCUGGCAGCCCAUCCCAGUGCACACCGUCUCCCUGUCUGAAGAUCGGUUGCUGUACCUGCCUUUCAAGAACUGCCCUCGCUUUCAAGAACUUCAGAGCGAGACUUUGAAGUCAGAGGAAUUCCAGAAGAGGCUGAAGCCUUACAAGAAUUUUAUAGACGAGUUGCCAACACUGUCAGGAUUCCACGGCCAUGAACUUUUUGGAAUAUGGAGUAGAGUCUACGACCCCUUGUUCUGUGAGAGUGUUCACAAUUUCACUUUACCCCCCUGGGCCACGCAAGAAGCCAUGACCAAGUUGAGAGAAUUGUCAGAGCUGUCCCUGCUGUCGCUCUACGGAAUUCACAAGCAGAAGGAGAAGUCCAGGCUCCAAGGGGGCGUCCUGCUCAGUGAAAUCCUCAGUCACAUGAAGAAUGCCGCUCACUCACCAAGCUACAAAAAACUCGUCAUGUAUUCUGCACACGAUACUACCGUGAGCGGCCUACAGAUGGCGCUGGAGGUCUACAACGGACGCCUUCCUCCCUACGCCGCCUGCCACUUCAUGGAGCUGCUCCAGGAGAAUGGGGAGUACUUCGUGGAGAUGUACUAUCGGAAUGAGACACAGCACGAGCCUCAUCCUCUCACGCUGCCCGGCUGCACCCAGAGCUGUCCCCUGGAGAAAUUCGCUGAGCUGGUUGCCCCUGUGCUCCCCCAAGACUGGUCCUCGGAGUGCAUGCUCACCAACAGCCACCAAGCCCUCAAGGUCAUCCUGGCCAUUGCCUUUUGCGUGGUGUCUAGUGUCUUAGUGGUGCUGCUGUUUAUGCUCAUCCGCCACGGGCCCUGCUGGCAGAGAGAAUCCUAUAGCAACAUCUGAAUGAUGCCAAGAAAGAGCUGCCCGCCGUACCACCUCUUUCAGAGGGUACAACGUUCGAAAGACAGGCUUUGGCCACAUGGGCAUUGCUCUGCCCAGCCCCUUCCUUUUGGAUCCUCUGAGAGUCUAAAGUCCCAGCCACGCAUGGACAGUUGCUAGACUGACGAGCUACUUACGUCCUGUCGCCAAGUGAUGAUGCAGGCUGCACAUUUGGCCAGAAAGAGGCUCUUCUGCAAAGCCCAGUUGUGUUCUCCGACACAGAUAUCCAGAGAGAAAUAAGAAGACGAACUCCGACCAUCCUUCUACCUGCAAAGAGCGAAGGGUGAGAAGAUAGGACAAAGACAUAGAUUAGACAAGGCUAGACCAGAUGCAGUGCUAAUGCAAGAUGAUGGUUAAGAAACAGGACCCGGCCAGGAAUGCUAAAGUUUUUCUUUGGCUGUAAAGUAGGUUUAAUUCACACAUGCUUAUACACCCGCCUGAGAAGCAGUACCUACACAGACUCAGGCGUGUCUAUGUGUGUCCAGCACUCACACAUACAUGUUUCUAUGAUUAAGAUGCCUUCAAAGAGUUAUUUAAUUCUUAAAAAUUGUAAUUUCAGCAAGGUGUGGUACAGUUCAGGUCAUCUUCCCCCAGUUUCUGUAUUGAGCGAUAACUGGAAAUCCAUGGCGCCAUAAUUCCUUCUUUUUUUUUAUCUCCACUAGUAAAGGUGGAUUUUUAUAUGAUCCAGAUUUUUUAAAAAUAUAUUUAUUUCACUUUUUUAAAUUAUGCCACCUAUUCUGAUAGGGGACAUGCCUGACCAUAAUGAAGUAAUAAUGUAUUUUAACUUCCAAAACCAUCCCUGAGUUUUUUAAAUGAGAUAGAUAGUGGGCUAAUGACGCACUGCCUCAGCUCUGCACUGGCUCUUGUUCAACAGCCUGGAACAGUUCUUCAUUCCAAAGCUCAGUGUCUUAACAUGAAAAAGAGGAGUCCGGACUAGGUGAGCAUGGAUGUCACUUCUCAUGUUGGGCCUCUGUUCACACUGGUCUCUAGUGAGCCCACCAUCCAGGCCAUGUUGUCUUUCAAAGAUAAGCAGAGAUCCUAUGUGCGCUGUUCCCCAGUUGCUGCCUGGGUGAGACUUGAAGGCAGUUGGGGUCCAUGCCCAGCAAAUUUGCCAUCCCGGACCCCACCCCACCUCUUAAUCUCGGGAAUCUUCCUCUGCUUUGAGUGUCACAGCUAACACCUGUUCAACUCCAAGUUCUUGCAUCUAUCACCUGUACUUUCUACAAAAUUCUCCCUGAACACAGUAAUUGCCAGCAAAAGCCACAAAGGAUUUUCUGCACUGUGUCAAUUUCUGUUUCCUUCCGUAGCACAAAGCCAUGUAGGCAACAACAACAACCAAAAAAGCAAAGCAACCCCCUUCCCCACCGCCUGCAGGAUGUAGUCAUAUUUCUGGCUUGGAAAAAAAAAAAACCCUCUACAGUUGACAGAAACAAAAGAUGAAAAACUGUUUUGAUAAAGCAGCCACAAUAUGUAAUGCUAAUAAAUGAUGUGACUCAAAUAGUCAUAAAUUUUUCCAUCUGUUCAGCAAACAUUGAUGGAGGAUCUUCUAUUAGCUAACCUCUGGCCCAGAUGUUAAAUUGUCUGUCCUUAAUGUAAUAAUUAAGGUGGCUGACUCCAACGGUGGCCUUAUAGAGGACUGGAAAAAAUAUAAAAGUGAAAGCUUUCCUAAACUUUUCUCAGUACCACUCCUUGAUUCUGCCAGUGACAUCAAUGACCUUGACGUUUCCUUGAUUCUCUGGGAAGGUUUUUAGCAUUCCCAUUUCCCUUCCUUCUACCAGCUUUCUGAUUAUUAUAAAGAAAUCCCCCACCUGUUUCUUCUACCUCUGUUGACAAACACUGGAAUGUUUUUCAUACUUCAUGGCAGAAUGAAGAAUCGUAAACAACUAGUGAUCUACAGGGAUAAGACAGAAAGCACAAAUGUUCUAUCAUGUUUCUCAGGGAAUAAAUUACCCAAAUGUAGCAAGAAAGUAUGUGCUUUCUCUCUAUUAAUAAAAGUGACUUUUUCAUGUGGCUCACGUGCGAUCACUUUGGUAACUGUGUUCGUAAAUGUUGUUUGAAAGACAAUUACCAGAGCUGCCUUCCCCUCUACUUUAAAGGAAAGUAUUUCUUGUACUGGAACCACUAUGGAGGCGUUGAGUGAGAUUAAAAUAAGACAAUCAUUACCAUGUCAAAAUGGGGAUAUUCCCUAACAGAAAAAAAAAAUGCCAGCAGUAUCUAUGCAAAGAAGUACCAACUACGAGUU